AAAAGUAAUUAAAAUAAUUCCCUUCAUCCACUCCUCGAGAGACACGACACUCGGAGAGAAAACUAACCCUUUACUGGGAACGUUUACUACCCGAAAAACCACAGCUGUCAUUGAUGCGUGCCGUAAAAGACGAGAUCCAGUGUCGCCUUGUUGUGGGGACCUUGGAAGGGCCGCCCAUAAAAUGGUUCCUUACCCUUCCAAACCGAACCAUUGAUUGCUUUAAGGAUUUAGGUGAACUCUUUCUCAAUGCCUAUAGUGGAAUUUUCCAACCAAAGAAGCACUUUACCCACCUCUUCUCCCUGAUGCAAAAGGAAGGGGAGACUAAUACAAGGUUGGUGCAAAGGUGGAAUGAAGCAAUCAAUGAGGUGGAACCCAUGGAUGAUAAAACCUCCAUUGCCCUGUUCAUGAGCGUCCUAAGGUCGGGAGAAUUGUUCCGAAGGUUAGAUUACGACAACCCUAUUUCUUACAAAGCUAUGAUGGCUAGGGUCAACAAAUUUUGUGCCACGGAGGAAUCUGACCGCUCAAAGAGCAAGAAUGAUGGAGCCUUACACAAGGGCUCGGAGAAGAAGAAUGAGAAGGCAAGGGCAACCACCCUCUCCAUCCCCACCCUCAAGCCACUAGUAUCGGGAGAGGCCGCCCCAGUGGCAGAGAUUAAAGGGAGAGAAGAGGGUGGAGAGAAAAGAAAGCACGGAGAUCUAAAGAGAAAGCAGUGGCCCUAUGACCCGGCCAAGUAUUGUAACUUCCAUAGGAGGGCAGGGCACGCUACAGAGGAAUGUGUGUUCUUCAAGAAGAUCGAAGGACAGAUGAAGGAGAGGGGACCGACGGCUAACCAAGAGCCCAACCAAGUGGGUAAUGUUUGGCGUAGAGAUGCCCAACCUCAACAGCAAGUCCAGGAGAACCCUGAAGGAUUCCCCCAUGUAGGAGUCAUUUUUGGUGGUCUAGAAACAGGAACCACAACCAAUGAAAGGAAGGAAUGGGCCCGCAGGUUAUAUGUGGGGUCCAUUGAUGUGGGCCAAAUUGCCAAGAAAGGGAGAAUGGAGCCCAUUGUGUUCUCGGACGAGGACUUGCCACUCAUUCCAAGCCCUCACCGGACCCCUGGUAAUCUCUAUGGCUAUUCAUAAAGUUUUUGUGAAACGGAUUUUGGUUGACACAGGGAGUAAUGUCAACAUGCUGUAUUGGGAAGCGGCCCAACAGUUGGGAAUCAAAAGACCUCACGUAA